ACCGACGCCCCCCACCACACCUACGCUACCCCACCCUUAGGCCCCGCGCUAGGGUGGGGGAGCACUUGGUGGGGGUAUGAGAGACUGCCUCAACACCGAGCUCAACGAUCAUCGUCACUCUGCUCCGAGCUGCCCUUGCCUGCACAUCAGCCUCAGCUGCACGCACCUCCUGCACUUCCUCAUCAUGGCCGCCGUCAACCUGCUGCCCCCUACCGCCAACGCCACCACCGCCGCUGGAGUGGACGAGUGUGGUCUUGGACGGGUGAGUUUCUCUCUCUCUUUCUCUCUUUCUCUCUCUCUCUCGCACUCGGAUUUUCAAUCCUGCGUUUCCUCUGCUUACAGCCCAUGUGCUCUACCAAUCCCGGAAGAGACUUUGAGCCUUGCUGGGACGAAACGUGCCCCAAGUGUCCUGCGAUUCUCAACAAGGAAAACCUCGUGCUUAGCAACUGUGUUGCUGAAGCCGAGAAAUCUGCUGCUGCUGCUGCUGAUGCUCCAAGCGCCGAGCAAGCUGCUGAUGUCGCCAAGGAGGAGGACCGGAAACGCCCAGCGUCCGAAUCUCCAUGCGAGACCCCGAUGAGGAAGGUUCCGCGUCGCCGGCUGACUCCCCUUUUUCUUGGCGAAGGAACCAUCUGUAUCGAGUCCUCUGCGAGGAAGACCCACUCUCCAACUGCUGGGGAAUCCUUGCCCUCCUCGUCUUCGUCAUCCUUGUCACAGGAUUCGGCCACUUCAUCGAUCGACUCGCAGCAAACUACGCUUGGACCCUCACCACCGACACCAGGUACGGAUAGUUACCGCUGGUACACUGAGGCCACCAGGUGGUGCCACAGUGUGGUCCUGAACUCGGUCAUAGUGACGAAGAAGAAGCCACGCUACACGGCUAUUUUGGAUAUGACCGUACCGCUUAACGCGUCCAAAUCUAAAAAGAUUGUGAUGGGGAUAGACUUGGACAGGGGGUUGCUUCCGUUUGUGUCGAUAGAAAAUAGUCAAGGGCACGGAGUGACGCUCACGUUUCAAGAGUUUGAACAACUUUGCUGUCUUACCUGGCGCUGUUCUGUCGCGGAGCACAUGGAGAACCCCUCCUAUACUGUACGCACAAAGUACUCGGCCUUCCACGAGUAUCGGUGUGCCAUUGCCGAGGGGAAACCUGUGGUACAGAUUUCCCCUCUGCAUGGAGAAAAGGGAGGCUAUGUGUAUCUCGGGCAGAACACAUGGGAAACUCUUUGGAAACGGGCGCGUAUGUUUUAUGCUUAUAUGGCGGACAUUGAGGCCCGCAUGGCUCACCUGCCCAAAAUGAUGUGCACUCUGCUGACCCAUUUCCUUGAGCGUUGUCACGAUGUCAAGACGCUGCAAAGUAAAAUUGACAAAAUUGGAGAAAUUUUUGAUGACUGGGUCUUUGGAGAUGACAUCACUUAUAAUUUUGUGGCUUUUGGUGAAGAGCGUGAUUUUAAAAUGCCAUGCUACCACAACAUGAGAGCAGCAUAUGAAAUUGUACACCUGUACCCUCAGAGAUUGGCGGCUAUGGUACACCAUCUUCAGGCGAAACCUGAUCUUGCAAAGGAAAUGCAGGAGUACUUUCCAAAAAGCCUUAUACCAAAACCAUAAUUGCCUUUGCAGGACUUGAUUCGCUGACGUUGGAUUACCUCCGUAGAAAAUUUGCCCGCCUGUCACUCUCUGAGGAACCUCACUGUUUUUAAAAAUUGUAAUUCGAGCUCGCACUUUCAGGGGCUGAUGACGAUUCGCGGAGCAUGGAAUACAUUCUGAUUAAACUGGUCAUGGCGUUGUGUGCAAAUGUUUUCUGUAUUCUUGGAGCCUGGCUUGCUAUGCCAACACAGCCGUGGGCUCGACUGUUUGUACUCAUUCUUAUCGGAUACGAAGCUUUGUACACAGCCAUGAUCGGGGCCUCUGCAGCUAUGCAUUGUCUUAAUAUCAUCGCCGAAAAGUUCAUUCAAAUGUAUUUGGAAAACGGCUGCCCACAGUGGGUCACAUGUAUCAUAGAUUUUAAGGCCAUGCAUAAGUUUGUCAAAGCAUUGUUUUUGGGCGUGUCUGUAUAUAUGUUUGUACUUGCUGCCACCCACCUUCAAUCCAAUAUUUUUAUAAUAAGACUUUUUAAAUGUCUCUUGGUCUAUUAUGUUGUACAUAUUGGCUACUGUCUGUACUGUGUCUUACAUGAUGUCAUGUACUCUGUCGCCGUAUUGUAUCAUCACACCUACAUGUAUAUCACUUCUCGUAUUUAAUCAAUAAAAUAACAUGUAUGUAAAAUCCUUUUGCUUCCUCAUUUACCCCAAAAAAUCGAGAAAAAUAAAAAUCAAAGCCUCUCGCAACAAUGACAGAGAGAGAGAG